AGCAAUCAGUAGAGUAGUUGGAACAAACAUAAACAUUCGAAGUAGUGAAGACGGAAGGGAGCAAGUAACCAAGUACAGUGGCAUGAUCAGGGCGUGGAAUCGUCAACCUCCAUGCGGAAAAUCCAAGCCCCAGCGGGCAGCCCCCAACAUGAAAAAGUAACGAAGUCUCUCCCUCUUUCUCUAUCAUGCCUGUAAGUUUAGUUGCCUGUUACUUCCCGACUAAGGUACCCUCCAUUUUUUAGACUUACCUUGUGCAUUGCAACGGCAACUUCAGAAUCAAAUUGUUACACGUCUCUACCCCGCAAUUCAACGUCGAUCUCUGACUUUGUUCCUCUCAUCUCCCUCCUGCCAUUCUCUCCACCAUCUGUCCUCCAUUAUGAUUCUACUGAUUGAUUCCCGUUUCUUUUAAAUCCAAAAGCCCUAGUUUCAUUUCUUUCUUCCAUACCCACCUUCAUCAACUCAAUUCCGAUUCUCUUCACCCUUGACUACUCGAUCUCAUGAUGCCGGGAAAACCAUGUGUUUUUCUCUCCGUUUGUUUUUUUCUUUCUGUCUCCACUUUGGGUAGAUUUGUUGUCGAGAAGAACAGCUUGAAGAUAAUUUCCCCAGAUUCCAUCAAGGGUGUUUACGAAUGUGCGAUUGGGAAUUUUGGGGUUCCUGAAUAUGGAGGCACAAUGACUGGCAUCGUGCAUUAUCCUAAAGCCAAUCAGAAGGCAUGCAAGAGCUUUGACGACGCCGGUAUCUCUUUCAAGUCCAAACCUGGAAGUCUCCCUACCUUUGUUCUUGCCGAUCGAGGAGAUUGUUACUUCACCACGAAGGCGUGGAAUGCACAAAAUGGUGGAGCUGCAGCGAUCCUUGUUGCAGAUGAUAGACUUGAACCGUUGAUUACCAUGGACUCUCCAGAAGAAGAGAAGGCAGAUGCCAGUUACCUAAAAGACAUUACCAUACCGUCUGCUCUUAUUAGCAAAAGCUUGGGAGAUGACAUCAAGAAAGCUCUAUCUAGUGAAGGGAUGGUUAGUAUAAAUCUUGAUUGGACAGAAGCUCUUCCACAUCCUGAUGAUCGAGUUGAGUAUGAAUUUUGGACAAAUAGUAAUGAUGAGUGUGGGCCAAAGUGUGAUAGUCAGAUUGAGUUUGUGAAGAAUUUCAAAGGAGCUGCUCAGACACUUGAGCAGAAAGGGUACACUCAAUUUACUCCCCAUUAUAUAACAUGGUACUGCCCAGAUGCUUUUACUUUGAGUAAGCAAUGCAAAUCUCAAUGCAUCAAUCAUGGGAGAUACUGUGCACCAGAUCCCGAACAGGAUUUCAGUGAAGGAUAUGAUGGAAAGGAUGUGGUUGUUCAAAAUCUACGCCAAAUUUGUUUCUUUAAAGUUGCAAAUGAAUCUGGAAAACCUUGGCUUUGGUGGGAUUAUGUCACUGACUUUUCAAUCCGUUGUCCCAUGAAAGAAAAGAAGUACAAUGAGGAAUGUGCCAAUGAAGUUAUUAAAUCUUUUGGUAUGGAUCUUAACAAGAUAAAAGACUGUAUUGGAGAUCCAGGGGCAGAUGUGGAGAACCCAAUUCUUAAAGCUGAACAGGAUGCACAGAUUGGUAGGGGUUCCCGAGGAGAUGUUACUAUAUUGCCGACUCUUGUCAUAAAUAACAGACAGUAUAGAGGCAAGCUGGAUAAAGGAGCAGUUCUGAAAGGCAUUUGUUCUGGUUUUCAGGAGACCACAGAGCCUGCAAUUUGUUUAACUGAAGACGUUGAAACAAAUGAGUGUUUAACAAAUAAUGGUGGUUGCUGGCACAAUAAGGAUGCAAAUGUUUCUGCAUGCAGGGAUACAUUUCGAGGAAGAGUUUGUGAAUGUCCUACUGUUCAAGGUGUGAAGUUCAUUGGAGAUGGCUAUACUCAUUGUGAACCCUCAGGAGCUUUACGCUGUGAAAUAAAUAAUGGGGGUUGUUGGAAGGGCACCAAAGAUGGAAGAACUUACUCUGCCUGUUCUGAUGACCAUACAAAGGGCUGCAAGUGCCCUCCGGGAUUUAAAGGCGAUGGAGUCCACAAGUGUGAAGAUGUGGACGAGUGCAAGGAGAAGCUAGCAUGCCAGUGCUCAGAGUGCAAAUGUCAGAAUACAUGGGGCAGCUAUGAUUGCAGAUGCAGAAAUGGUUUACUGUAUAUGCACGAACAUGAUACAUGUAUAGGCAGCAUGGGGAACACUGUGACAAGCUGGAGCGUUGUAAAGAUUAUUAUCCUUGUGUUGGCCAUCACUGGGAUCGCAGGAUAUGCAGUUUACAAAUACAGAAUCCGGAGGUAUAUGGAUUCUGAAAUACGGGCUAUCAUGGCUCAAUAUAUGCCCUUGGACAAUCAAGGAGCGACUUCUAAUUACGCCCCCCGUGGGGAGAUUUGAUAUGGUGACUUCACUGGAAGAUUCAGGUUUUGGACAUUUGUGGAGUCGACUACAUGAAAGGUGUGAGGCUUGAAGCCGGAUACUGAUGUUAUCUUAGGUUGAUGCAGCAGGUGUGUUGGUUGUAAAUUAUAUAUAAAUAUAGCUAAGCUAGUCAGCUGAGGUUUAUAGUCCUGUUGCCAUAUGGGAAAUAUCUGGGGAUUUUAGCUUGUCCUUUUUCUUCCCUUUCCCACCUAUUGCCUGGAAUGUGCAAUUUAUUUGUGUGUCCGUUUUGGGCGUCAAAUGGGACAGGUGAGUGAGGAUUGAGAUCCUCUUUCUUAAUAAAAGGGUGGGCUGAGCGGAGCUAGAUGCCAAAUUCGACUGCA